AUGAUUCUGAUUCAGAGGAUUGUCAAUAAUACCUUACAAUUGGGUAGACUGAAUAUUAUGAGAGGAAUGGAUACUGUGACAGGAAUGGUUGCAAAUUCAAUUCGCAGCAAACUGCAGACAGCUUUGGAAGCUACACAUUUGGAUGUUAUUAAUGAAUCUUAUAUGCACAAUGUCCCUAAAGGAGCGGAGACACAUUUUAAAGUAGUUGUUGUAUCUGAUAAAUUUGAUGGGUUGGCUUUAAUCAAGAGACACCGAUUAGUGAAUGAAAUAUUGAAAGAGGAAUUAAAAAAUGGAGUUCAUGCACUCUCCAUAGUAGCAAAAACAACCAAGCAAUGGGAAGAGAGUGAAAAGAUUGUGGAGAGUAGUCCUAACUGUAGAGGAGGUUUCGGAAAA